AUGCAGAACUCUUAUAAUAACAACAACAAUAAUAAUAACAAUGCUGAUGACGAUGAUUAUGAUUACGAUUAUGAUAACAACCCCUUUUCACAGUCUUUUCUAGAAACACAAAAGGUACAAAAUGAAAGUGAAAAUAAUACUAACAAUCCUAAUCCUCCUGAAAAUGAACAAAAUAAAGAUAUUAUCAGCUCAGAUAAUAAUACAAUAGAGAAUUACAAUACCAACGCUAACAAUAAUACAAUAACAAGUGCCACAUUGCAAGAAAAUCACAAAAAAUUCCUAGCCAAGUAUAAACUAUUAGUUAAAAUCACUAAGUUAUCCAGGACUUCAAAUCAUACUAUUACAUCAACAACAGGCUCUAUUAGUGAUAGUAAUAAAGGGUUUAUUGGUAAUAACGGUUCUGCUAACGAUAUCAAUAAUGAGUUGAUUGUUCACUUAGAGAUUAACACUAAUUUACCCACAUUUAGGAAAAAAAUAAACAAAAAUAUAAUCAAGUCCUUUACUGAAUUUGAAUUAUUUCAACAAUAUUUGAUCCAGGAUGAGAAAUUAUCUUGUGAGAUAUUUCCGCCAGCAAUUCCAAUGUUUAAGACUUCAUACGGUGUCAAUAAUGAAGAGGAUUUAUUUCAAUUACAAAAAUAUUACCAUGAUUGGUUUGAAUAUAGGAUUUGCAAAAACCCAGUUAUUUUGAAAAAUGAAGAAUUAGCUAUAUUCUUAGAAAGUGAUUAUAACACCUAUUAUCCAGUAUCUUUAAAUAGCGGAGGUGCUACGUUAUCUGUAUCAAGUUCUAAUACACCACUUGCUAAUAGUAACAAUCCUGCUGAAAUGUUAAAAAGAAAAACAUUAAAGCAACUACAACCACCAUUUGACGAAUGUACAGAAUUGGCUACACUUAGACCAAUGGUUAAGUCUUGGAGAAAAAAUUGUCAAUUGAUUCAAGAGAAACUAGUUAAAGUAUGCAAACAGAAGCAAAAUGUGUCUAUCCAAGAAAAUGAUUUAGGUAAGAACCUAGGGAAAUUAACUGCCAAUAAUACUGCUAUUUCUACGACCACCAAUGGUAGUUUGACUAACCUUAUGUACAAGAGGUUGGGAAAAACAGUUAUUUCCCUUGGAGAUUUUGAUAGUAUUUUAACCACUUUCAAUAUGGCAACCUUAUAUGAUGGGUUGUAUUGGUGUAUUAAGGACUUAUAUAAUGUUAAAGAAACAUUAACCAAUAGACACAUAUUAAUGAGAGAUUUAAUCAAUGUGCAAUCCAACUUGAAAAAACAACAGGAUAACACAAGAAAAUUAAGAGCCAAAAGAGAUAUAAGCCCUCUCAAAGUAGACGAAGCUAUAAGAUCUUUACAAAGGAUCACGAUUAUAGAAAAUGAAUUAAGACACAAAUUAGAUAAAAUGACCAAUGAAUUAUUGGUGGAAAAAGAUGAACAGGUUGUUGGUUUCUGGGAAGAUCAAAACUUGAAAUUUAUAUCGCAGUAUGCUUUGAAGAAUAUUGAGUAUGAAAGGAAGAAAUUGAGCAUUUUAGAGAAAAUUAGAAAAGAUGUUAGAAAUUGUGAUAAAAGAGGUGGACUAAGCAGAUUAGGAAGAAAAAAUGUUCUGAGUGAUAGUACUGAUAAUAGUAGUAGUAGUGUUAACCCCAAUAGGAACAAUGAUAACGAUGGUGAUAUUAAAGAUAACGGUGGAGAUAGUUGGUCGGGUAAUCGUAGAAGAGAUACAAUAACCGGCGACAUACAAGAAAAUCAACAGGUUGAUAAAACCGUAUCAGAUAAAAAUAAUGACGAUAAUGAUGGUAUGGCCGCAUUGCUGUCUGCUAAAACUGCAGCCAGUUUAUUAGGUCAAUCCACUUUCGUGUGA